AGCUCCCCGCCCGAACACCCGCAGAAUGUACCGGUACCUCGGAGGACUAGUGGCCCGGGGAGCGAGCGGGCUCCUGGCCCCCACCGCCGAGUCGGCGCUCCCCGUGUCCGCCUCCCUGCUGCGGCGCCGCGGCUACAGCCAGGCCGCGGACCGGGACGACGACCCGAACUUUUUCUCCAUGGUGGAGGGCUUCUUCGACCGCGGAGCCGCCAUCGUGGAGGAGCAGCUGGUGGAGGACCUGAAGACCCGGGAGACGCUGGAGCAGAAGAGGAAGCGGGUCCGCGGCAUCCUGCGGAUCAUCAAGCCCUGCAACCACGUCCUGAGCCUCAGCUUCCCGAUCCGCAGGGACAGCGGCGAGUGGGAGGUGAUCGAGGCGUACCGCGCGCAGCACAGCCAGCACCGGACGCCCUGCAAGGGAGGGAUCCGGUUCAGCACCGACGUGUCGAUGGACGAAGUGAAGGCGCUCGCCUCCCUGAUGACCUACAAGUGCGCCAUCGUAGAUGUACCGUUCGGUGGAGCCAAAGCUGGAGUGAAGAUCAACACCAAGAACUACACGGACGCCGAGCUGGAGAAAAUCACCCGGAGGUUCACCAUCGAGCUCGCCAAGAAAGGAUUCAUCGGACCCGGCAUCGACGUUCCUGCACCCGACAUGGGCACCGGAGAACGGGAGAUGUCGUGGAUCGCCGACACCUUCGCCACCACCAUGGGACACAACGACAUCAACGCUCACGCCUGUGUCACCGGGAAGCCCAUCAGCCAGGGAGGGAUCCACGGCCGGAUCUCCGCCACCGGCCGCGGCGUCUUCCACGGCAUCGAGAACUUCAUCAACGAUGCGUCCUUCAUGAGCCAGAUCGGGAUGUGUCCCGGCUUCAAGGACAAGACCUUCGUCAUCCAGGGCUUCGGGAACGUGGGUCUCCACACCAUGCGCUACCUGCACCGCUACGGAGCCAGGUGUGUGGGCGUGGCCGAGAUGGACGGCAGCAUCUGGAACCCUAAAGGGAUGGACCCCAAGGAGCUGGAGGAAUACAAGCUGGCCAACGGCAGCAUCGUGGGCUUCCCGGACUCCUCGCCCUACGAAGGGAGCCUCCUGGAGGCCGACUGUGACAUCCUGAUCCCCGCCGCCAGCGAGAAGCAGCUGACCAAGAGCAACGCUCACCGGAUCAAAGCCAAGAUCAUUGCAGAAGGCGCCAACGGUCCGACCACGCCCGAGGCCGACCGCAUCUUCCUGGAGAGGAACGUCCUGGUGAUCCCGGACAUGUACCUGAACGCCGGCGGCGUCACCGUGUCCUUCUUCGAGUGGCUGAAGAACCUGAACCACGUCAGCUACGGCCGCCUCACCUUCAAGUACGAGCGGGACUCCAACUACCACCUGCUGAUGUCCGUCCAGGAGAGUCUGGAGAGGAAGUUUGGAAAACACGGCGGCGCCAUUCCUGUGGUUCCCACCUCUGAGUUCCAGGCCCGCAUCGCCGGAGCGUCUGAGAAGGACAUCGUCCACUCGGGUCUGGCCUACACCAUGGAGCGCUCUGCCAGGCAAAUCAUGCGGACGGCCAACAAGUACCAGCUGGGCCUGGACCUGCGCACCGCCGCCUACGUCAACGCCAUCGAGAAGAUCUUCAAGGUCUACAGCGACUCGGGUCUCAUCUUUACAUAAAGUUCUGGUUCUCCCGCCUGAGGCGACCCGUCUGGGCCCGCCGGUCCUGCCUUCAUCGGCGGCGCCGCUCCUUCGCUGCUCCUCUUCCUCACCACUGCUGCUGCUGCUUUCUGCACUCAGAGGCCUUAGAAUGAAACCGGGCCAGAACCAGGUGGACCAGGUCCAGCUGCUCAGAUCAGAACUCCAGCACCACACCGUUGGGUUCUGGUUCUGACGGUCCGGUUUGUCCAUGUUUCCAUUUAUUCUGAUGGUGAUGAACCCAAUGUGGAUCAGAACCUUAAACCCAGGGUGGAACCUACUGAAGUUCUCCGGCACAGAAUUAACGACCGGUCCUUCUGGGUCUCCACGUGGUUCUGGCCACAUGGUACCAUGUGCCUGAUCCACAGAGACCCGGUCAAAGCAGCUGGUUCUGGUUCUGAUGUUGGAGCAAAGACUGGGUUCCUUUGUUCCUUUCUCUGCUUUAAGUUCUGCUGUUCAGAUCCAAUUCAAGACCCGAGGACCGGUUCUGUUACACAUUUAAGUCUGACUCCUCUGAGACUGGAAGUCCAAAAAGUCUUAACGGUUCUGUUACCAGUACAGGAGGAGAAGACCUAAAACCCCACCAGAACACGACCCAGAACCAGAACCGAGCUCUGAACUGGAUCGUCUCUGAAACCAAAGAGAACCGCCCAGAAAACCAAAAUAUGAAAACUUUCAGGUUUUCCUCCAUUAAAAUGUUUCUGAUUUAAACUUUUUAGUUUCACCGCCUACAUAAAACCUGUAAACGUCUAAAACACCAACGGGAACUUGCACUCUUAUUAUAAAUCUAUUUAUAAAAUGUUUAUUGUAAAUAAAUAAACCCCAAAGUGAAUGAAUGUAGGAAUAAAACACAAAUUUCUGUUAAUCAGUUCUAGAUUAAAUGUUCAGAAUAAUCUCAUUAUAAUAAAGUAUUUAGUUUUAUUUGGGUUAAUAAUGGAGGCCAGUAAACAUCCCAACAUUGUUAUUAAAUAAGAAGCUUUAAUAAACCGAACUUUUCAAACGUUUAUAUUGUGAUUUUCCUCCUAGAGACGGAAUAAUUAAUUUGUCGUUUAAAGUAUAAAAUCCUCCAGUUUAUUAUUUCCGGGAUCUGGACCUGUAGUUGUUCUGAUUCUGAACAGUUUCUCUGAUAAUCUAUGCAAACCCAGGAGGUCGUGCUGCGGCCGGCCGUCACAGCGCCCCCUGUCUGCGGCCUGCAGACUGCAGCGCUUCAUGGAGCCAGUCUGCUGAAGCAGGGCCUCCUCUCAGGGUGGGGGCUAUUUUUUACGUUUAUUAUCUGUCUGCUUUGGUUGAAGCUGCUUUGAUCUGUCUUUGUUUUUUAGAGGAAGUUUAAGUGAAAUAAAGCACAAAUAAAGCCUC